AUAUGAUGGUUUUGAAACAGUCCGCGAACGACUUAAAAGAUGAUCCUAAUAAUGAUGAAAGAUUAAUAUUAAAUGUUGGUGGAAUUAAGUAUGAAACUUUUAGAUCCACUUUAACUGCUUAUCCCGAUACGCUAUUGGGCACAAUGUUUCAAAAACGUAAUAACGUCUUGCUUCACCCUUUACAUACCGACAAUGGUUCAUGCGAAUAUUUCUUUGAUAGAAAUGGUCGUGCUUUUCAUUAUAUAUUGGAAUAUUAUCGUACUGGAAAACUUUUUUUUCUAGAAAAUAUUCGUUCUUCUAAUCUUCAAUCUAAUCUUCUCGAUAAAUCUCCUUCGCAAGAUUUAUUACCUCAAUUACGAUGUCAUUGUCAAUGCCCUGAUGCUGUUUUCUAUCAAGAAAUCCUAGCUGAAAUGGAUUAUUUUCAAAUCCCCUACUCUAUUCCUCCAAAACCAAAAAUCCAAUAUCCUCCUUCUUCAACUCUUGAUUCAUUCAUUCUAAUGCUAAAAUCCGCAAUGCUUACUGCUCGUGAUAAUUUUGAUAUUUACGUUGAAAUCGUUUUUCCACAACGUAAUAAAUCAAAAUUUUCUGUAAAUCCGGAUGCCGCUUGUAUUUUAAACAUUGUUAAACCAUUUGCUGAAAAUGGUUAUGCGAUACUGGAUAUUUUUGGUGAUGAGAUUGGUUGUUAUUUGACCAAGGUAAUUCCAAAUUUUACUUGGUCUUUACAAAAGAAUACUAUUUAUCAUCCUCACAGGUAUUUUGUGGAUAUGAGUAUAAAUAGCGAAUGUCUGGACAAACAAACUGUUUUGAAUGAAUCAAAAUUUCUUGGUCCUGAUAAUAUUGAUGAAAUCGGUUGA